AAACAAGGCGACUGCUUUCGAGCAUGCCUACGAGGCUCCGUCACCACUUCUCCGUUGAGUGCCAUCAUCGUCGGAGGCAUGAGCACCCUUGACCCCGCUGACAGCAGUCACAACGCUAGCAUCGACGCUCAAAAGCAGCAGCAGCAGCAGCAGCAACAACAACAACAACCAAUAGACACGCCCGUUCUGGUCGCGUCGGCCGUCCCUGUGCACUUGACCGCAGCGACUCGGAGCGACUCGCCCGACAUGUCAUCGAGUAGCGACGUGUCCAAUUCUGAUUCGUCCUCGGACGGGGAUUCCGACGAGUAUUCGGACGACGACGGCUACGUUCCCGCGCACGAGCCGCGGUUGCGUGCGCCAGCCCCUGCAUCGAUUCUCAAAGUCACGACCCAGCCCGCGCCGCCCCCAAUACGGCCAGGCUACGUGUUUGCCCCAGAGCCGCACAUCACUCAGUACCCCAAACGCGUUGCGUCGCACUCGCGCCGCGUCGUCUUUACACUCCCGGCCGACCACGAGGACAAGACGACGGCUCGCAAACCGCCUCCGAGAAACCGCCGUGUGGGCCCACCCGCGCGCAAGUGGUUUGCGGCCGGCGAGUUGCUGCAAGUGUACAUGGCCGCUUGCACCCGUCUCAACACCAAGCCAUUGAAUGUGCUCGUGUGGCAGCUGCAGCAGGCCAGCGCGCUCGAUCUUCCCGUCAUGGAGCUCAACUUUACAGGGCUCACCAAAAUCCCCACGUCCAACUGGGGCGCCAUUGGCGAGCUCCUGUUCCGCGCAGGAGACAUCAAGUCAAUCUCGUUUGAAGGUGUGAACUUGCGGGACGAGAUUAUGCAGCCAUUGGUCAAGUCGCUGCUGCUCAAGCGCUCCCUCGAGUCGCUCAACCUCUCUCACAACCCCAUCAAGCUGCCUGGCUUUGAUGCCGUUGGGUUUUUGCUUCGUCGGGGCGCCCAGCUCAAGCAUUUGAAUCUGUCUGCCAUCUCGAUCGACGCAAAGUGCGCCAACUCGCUCGGUGUGUCGCUUUUGACGUGCAUUGGUCUCGAGUCGCUUGUUUUGCAAAACUGCGGGCUGAAAAACUCUGUUUCCCUCGAGGCCAUCUGCGAAGGUGUGCGUCGCAACCACACGGUGCGGUUGCUGGAUUUGCAAAGCAACGGCAUUGGCCCGAAAGGUGCCAAGGUUGUGGCACACAUGGUCCAGAAGAACGACACGCUGCUCUGCUUGCGUCUGGGCGGCAACCCGAUUCAAGACCACGGCGCCGAGUUUAUUGCCGAUUCGCUCUCGGUGAAUCGGACGCUACAAAAGAUGGAACUGUGGGGCUGCUCCAUCCAGCUUCCUGGAUUGACUGCGCUCGCUCAAGUGUUGACGAAAAACUCGCCACUCGAGGCCAUCAACCUCGGCUACAAUGCCCUGGGCAACGCGGACGGCAUGGAAACGCUCUGCAAGGCCCUCAUUUCCAACAAGUACCUGCGCGAACUCAUCCUCGCUUCGACCGGCAUGCAGUCCGAGUCUGCGGUUGCGCUGGCUGGCGCCUUGGCCGAGAACAAGCACCUGGCCGUGCUCGACAUUCGCCACAACGAUCUGGGUCAGGGUGGUCUGAUUGCGCUGUCGGUUGCCAUGCGCCUCAACCGCAGCGUCAUUCAGCUCUUUUUCGACAUGGCAAAGCCAAUCGUGGGCAACCCUCCGCACUCUGCCAUCCCCGACCCGAGCGCGUCGGAUGUCGAGCACAUGGUGAAUCAGAUUCAACAAUUCUGCUCCCGCAACGCCACCGAGAUGGUCGAGCGUCCUCCCGUUAUUUACAACAAGCCCACUGCCUACGACAAUAGUGCUGCAACCAUGGCUCCCAGCUUGACCUCCGCUCCAAGCGUCCUUCAAUCUGUGAGCAACCAGAUCAGCAAGAACGACUCUGCGACGCUUAGCGUGGGAAAGCCCACCGGCCGGCCCGUCUCGCCCAUUCCGCCAGCCUCGGCUAACCAACACCCAAGCCCCGGAAAGCCACACGAGCUUCCAGCGGGGAGGCUGCAAUCCGGUCAAUCGCUGCAUCGACCCGGGGAGCCAGUUGGAAAGCAGGAGAUUGUCACCAUCAAGGCGAAAAUCCUGACCCUGGGCGAGAGCUUGGCGCAAACCUUGGCUCACCUGAGCACUUCCACAAGCGCUGCGAGCUCGGCAUCUGCUGCUGGCAACAAUCAGUCCACGCCGCACCAACCGCGCGCAUUGCACGCAGGCUCCGGUCCGACGGCGGCCAACGGCACUCUGCAAGUCCACUCGCCUUCCAAGGGUGGCCUAAAGUCCGUUUCCCCACCGCCUUCGGCGCACCAGCAACACCCGCAACAGCAUCUCCCGCGAACUCCAUCUCAACUUCUCGCGGCUCUCAAUGCGCUACCUUCCACGUUCGACGCCGAGACCGUGCUGGCGCCCUCCGUCAAAAAGCUGCUCUCCAACACUGAAAUUUUGGAAACUGUGCGUUUUCUGAAGCUUUCCGGCCAGCCGCAGCUCCUUGCGACAAUCCAGCAGAUUCAAGACGAGUCGCAUCGCUCGUCUCUGCUGCAAAGCAACGAGCUGCUCAUCAAGGCCAUCGCCAUUUAUGACGCAUUGGUGCUGGAAAAUAGCAUUGCUGGCUCGAAAAUCCGAAAGGGCUCUGGCGGCCAAGCCAGCAAGCCGGGCCUCAACCUGGUCAAGUCGAUGGGAAACAGUGCUGCUGCCCUUCUCCAUCCCAGCAGCGCAUCCACCAACAGCAGUGCCGUGCAGAACGGUGGUGGCGGAGCCUCCCCUGCGCAUGGCCAUCAGCGGUCUGCGUCCAUGCACGAGGUGUCGGCGACCCCGCAAAGCACUUCCCCGAGCAAGGCGAAAGCAACUGGCAUCGCCACACGUGGGUUCCGUUGGUCCCGUUCUGGCAACGGUGACAGCAACGGCCAUGCUAGCAGCGGCAAUGGCAACGGAAGCGUGCUCAAAUCAGAGCUCGAACCUCCUGCAACCAAACCCCGCAGCCACAGCAACCCCGAGCCACCCCAGCUCCAUAACGGGGCUCUGCAAUGAGGGAUUUGGUUGUUGUACCUUAGCACACCU